UAAGAAAUAUAUCAGUUUACGGCAGGGUUCUGGAGGCCACAUUACAACACACACCACAGCUGGAUGGGAGAGAGAGGAGGAGAGGGAGAGAGCCUUCCUAUGGCCAGUUAAUGUGGUGGGAGGGAAGAUAAGAGAGUCACGUGAGAGAAGUGCGCACACACACAAACACACUAGUAUUUUCAUUCCCCUCCCCCCGCACACACACAUCGCUCGUGUGAAGACGGUGUGGCAACGCAGCGUUCAGCGGGAGCACGGACGAUCGCCUCGCGUAGGAGCAGCCGCGGGUAAAAAUAGAGACAGAGACAGCUGCAGAGGGGAACGGAGGAGAGGAGACGAAGAGAAGGAAGAAGCAUGAGGGGGGGAAAAAAACAACAACAACAAAAAAAAACCCAAGCCUAGUCCUUUCUGCCUAGCAACACACUGAGCUGUGAGCGAUCUCCGCUCCCAACACUGUCACCUCGAUUCGAGGGGUUCCACCCUCAGGAGUGACUAAUACGUCUGAGGAGGAGUCUUGAAAAAGGGGAAAAGAAGAAAAAAAAAAAAAACAAGUCCACGUUCUCAGCUGCAGGAUAAGGACCGGACGUGAGAGCGGGGACAAAGCGGGCUUUCAGGCGGAAUCUGGAAGCGCUAGAAACAAGGGAGGAGGAGAAGGGGGUGAAACGAUGUUGACGGGAAAGCGGCACGAAUCGAGCUGGGGACACGUGCCGGUAAAAACGAGGCACACCCAUGGCGAGCGUGGUGUUAUCACCGAGCCCUGCCGUCUGUUCUGAGAGAGACAGGUCUUUUAUUCUCAGAGCGGCAGCAAGCAGGAGAACCAUGCAGUGCAGGCGUCGGCAUUGCUACGCGAGGAUAGCGGGACUGCUCACUCUGCUGGGGGGCGUCGGUAUGAUCGUCUUCGUUCAACACAUCUGGCAGACGAGGCUGAAAAACCAAUUCACGAUUGAGCCGACCUUCAAGAAGGAAGCAGCGACGCCUCCUACGCCAACCAGGUCCUUGGCCAACGGUACGCUGCUCUCUACUCAGCCGGCGUUCAGGGCCGUGGCGGGGUCGAAUCGGAGUUUAGCCAAAGAAGAAAAUGCGGAAAGCAUCCUUAAAGUGGAACCUUACAAGUACGUCAUCAACCAACCUGACAAGUGCAGGAACCAGAACGUGACGUUCCUAGUGCUGCUAAUCCCAGUCGAGCCUUACAACUCCGAAGCCAGGGAUGCCAUCAGGAAGACGUGGGGCAACGAAAGUAUAGCAGAAGGGAUAGUACGUCUGUUUCUCAUGGGUGUGAAAAACACCUCGCAUGAUCCCGGGGCGCUGGAUAUACUGCAGCGCUCCCUGAGGGCAGAAAGCCAGCAACACCGUGACAUAGUCCAGCAGGACUACAUCGACUCCUACUACAAUCUCACCACCAAGACACUGAUGGGGAUGCACUGGGUGUCGAGGUACUGCCCGACCGCCAGGUACGUCAUGAAAGCGGACAGCGAUAUGUUUGUCAACACGGAGUACCUCAUCGAAAAACUACUUAAAGGGAACAUACCGAGAGAGAUGUACUUUACCGGGUACCUCAUGCGAGGCUACAAGCCAAACCGGAACAAGGAGAGCAAAUGGUACAUGUCACCGGAGCUGUACCCCAGCGAAAGUUACCCCACGUUCUGCUCGGGAACCGGGUACGUUUUCUCCGGGGACAUGGCGAAGAGGAUCUACGCCACCUCCCUGAGCAUACGCAGGCUUCACCUGGAAGACGUCUACGUCGGACUCUGCCUGUCGAAAAUGAACAUCGAACCUGUCUUGCCGCCUAACGAGUUCCUUUUCAACCACUGGAAGGUGUCCUACUCCAGCUGCAAGUACAGCCAGCUGAUCACAUCGCAUGAGUUCCGUCCCAGUGAGCUAAUGAAGUACUGGCAGCACCUCCAGAAGAACAAGGACAGACCCUGCAAAGUGCCCAAAGGACAAGGUGCAAAGGUCACCAACGCACAGGCGCUUCACAGGACCAGAGCCAGGCUCCGUCCUCAGACGGAGAUGAAACCGAGAUCGUAAUCUUUCCGUUGGGUGCAUCAUCUCCCCCACCAGGGUUCCCGCAGAGACCACUGGGAAUUACGGCUCGUUAAGUGAUCAGGAUGAACUUAUUUCGACAUGAUUAUGGGGAACCCUGAGUGCAAUUUAAACGCUGUUUGUAAGUGCUCUUAUGUGAUCAUCAAUAUUUCUGACCAUUAAAUGUGCAAAAAGAAAAACAGGCACAACCCCGACCUGAUGAAACUAAAAAAUAAAUCUCACACAGACUG